AUGCCCUCAGGGCCAAGAUCAGCAAGCCACUUUCAGGAUCCUGGAGGCAUCUGUGGACCAAUGCGCGGCGACUGUUGCCCAGCAUUGGAGGUAGCCAAGCCCGCGCGGGCAUCCAAGUACUGCAGGGUAAAGAGCCGGUCCCAGGCAAAAUGCCGGAAGCAAGCGUUGCUCGCCGGUGUCCGUGCGUGCAGGGCCAGCCCGCGUGCACUCAAGUCCGGCGCCCUUCACUCCUUGCAAGACGAUGGCGAGCUGUUCAGAGGUCCAGGCGGCCUCAUGCUUGCCAUGCCAGGCGUUGCCCAAGUGUCCAGGCGCAAACAUGACCGCGCGCGCCAUGCUCACUUCCUUUCGCCGGAAAGAAGCUGCGCCUGGAAAAGCCAAAGUUGGAUUGCUUCGCUGGCCAAGUCAGGUUGGUUCGCGGCUUGGAGCUUUGGCAGUCUCUCCUUUACGAAAAGUUCGGGAUAG